UGAUACGACUCCUCUCUGGGAUGAUGAGCGAAUUUGACUGCGUAUAAUUCGGGACGUUACACCACUAUCGGUUGUUCUCUGGAAUAAUAAACUGUUUUUAAAAUUAAAUAAAUAAAAUUAAGUUGUAUAAAUGGAGAGAUUCUUUUUAUUAAAGUAGUAGCCACGGAGGCAGCGAAUUUCAUGGCAGGACCUCCCUUACAGUAUGUUGCCAUGACAACAGCCAUGGAUGGAAGAGCUUGCUGAGCUGAAGCAGGUGUCAGGACUGCGCAUCGCCACAGAAAGAGCUUGGUAGCCUACAGUAUGCUAGGAUGCUGCAAGAACACCUACGCACGCAUUUCAUAGAUUCCAAUGUCUUCGGAAGCGUGGUUUUGGUGAAUUAGGAGUAUUUCGUACUGGGGAAAGCAAUCACACGCCGCAAUGGUCCACCACUCCGGCUCGAUCCAGUCCUUCAAGCAGCAAAAGGGCAUGCACACCAGUAUCAGUGAGAUCCUGAAGGAGAAGACCCUGAAGCCGUCUCGCCGGAGCCUGCCUUGCCUGGUCCAGAGUCGUACACACCCCCAGAACCUCAACCACGGCCUGUCCGUGCCUCUAAACCUCAACCCUUCACCGAAACCUCGCAGCGGCAGCCCCUCCUGCCCCGACAUCUCCCACCGAACAGAUGGCGGUAAGGAUUUAUAUGCCGAGGUGUCCGAAGCUGGGACCUAUGAAUCCAGGACAGACGAGUCACUCCUGAUCCGGACCCCAGGCACCAGAGCCAAAUUGGAGGCCCGAACAGAGUCCCUUAAGAAGAGCAACCCAGUUGCCCCGUCUGGCCUUUUGUUUCGAGAUGGGAAGAAGCGCAUCGACUACAUCCUGGUGUACAAAAAGUCCAGCCCCCAGGUGGAGAAGAGAUGCACCUUUGAGCGGAACCUGCGUGCCGAGGGACUUAUGUUAGAGAGAGAACCUUCUCUGACCAACAAUGACAUCAUGUUUGUGAAGAUCCAUGCCCCUUGGGACGCACUCUGUAAAUACGCUGAACAGAUGAACAUCCGGAUGCCCUUCAGGUUCAACCAGCGAAUCCUGUCUAGGGUGGAGUCAUACCAACAGACACAGGGAGACAUUGUGGGACUCCAGCUGCGUUGGCGGCAGUUGAAGAGCUGGCUGCCCAGGAACCCCAUGAAGCUGGACAAAGAGGCCCUACCUGACCUUGAGGACACCGACUGCUACACGGCACCGUUUAGCAGGGCCAGAAUGCACCACUUCACCAUCAACAACAGAGAAACGUUCUUCUCCAACUCCACAAGGAGUAGGAUCGUCCAUCACGUUCUGCAGCGCACUAAAUAUGAGGACAGAAAGUCUAAGAUGGGUAUCAACCGGUUACUGGGAAAUGGAACAUAUGAAGCAGCUUUCCCUCCGCAUGAGGGUGGAUACAAAAGCAGACACCCAAUUAAAACGCAUGGUGCCCAGAACCACAGACACUUGCUCUACGAGCGAUGGGCUCGCUGGGGAAUGUGGUACAAGUACCAGCCACUGGACCUUAUUAGGCGAUACUUUGGGGAGAAGAUCGGCCUGUACUUUGCAUGGCUGGGGUGGUACACUGGCAUGCUGAUCCCUGCCGCUCUGGUGGGACUCUUUGUCUUCCUGUAUGGCCUCUUCACUAUGGACUCCAGCCAAGUCAGUAGGGAGAUCUGUGAGGCGAACACCAUCAUCAUGUGUCCCAUGUGUGAGGGAAACUGCAGUUUCUGGGUUCUGAGUAACAGCUGUGUGUAUGCCAAGGUGACCCAUCUCUUUGACAAUGGCGGAACUGUUUUUUUUGCAAUCUUCAUGGCAAUAUGGGCCACUGUGUUCCUGGAGUUCUGGAAGCGGAGGCGAGCAGAGCUCACAUACGACUGGGAUUUGAUCGACUGGGAAGAGGAAGAAGAGGAGCUGCGGCCCCAAUUCGAGGCGAAAUAUUCAAGAGUAGAAAGAGUCAACCCCAUUUCUGGAAGACCCGAGCCCUUCCAGCCUUUCUCAGACAAACUCAGCCGUCUAAUGGUCUCUGUGUCAGGAAUCUUCUUCAUGCUGUCCCUGGUCGUGACUGCUGUGUUUGCUGUGGUGGUUUUCCGCCUCAUUGCCAUGGAGAAGUUUGCGUCUUUCCAGUGGGAGUUUGUGAAGAAGAACUGGCAGUUUGCCACAUCCGGGACCGGAGUCUGCAUCAACUUCAUGAUCAUAAUGUCUCUCAAUGUGGUGUAUGAAAAAGUGGCGUACCUACUUACAAACUUAGAACACCCUCGGACAGAAUCGGAAUGGGAGAACAGCUUUGCCCUGAAAAUGUUCUUCUUUCAGUUUGUCAACUUGAACAGCUCCACAUUCUAUAUUGCCUUCUUUCUGGGAAGAUUUGCAGGCAGGCCAGGGAAAUAUAACAAGAUUUUUAAGAGAUGGCGAUUGGAGGAGUGCCACCCCAGUGGCUGUCUAAUAGACCUGUGCCUACAAAUGGGUGUCAUCAUGGUUUUAAAACAGAUCUGGAACAAUUUCAUGGAGUUAGGCUACCCGUUACUUCAGAACUGGUGGUCUCGGAGGAAGAUAAGGAAAGGUGGGCAACGCAUGGAGAGUAAGGUUUCACUUCCACAGUGGGACAAAGACUGGAACCUGCAGCCAAUGAAUGCCCAUGGCUUGGUUGAUGAGUACCUGGAAAUGGUCCUGCAGUUUGGCUUCACUACCAUCUUUGUAGCAGCCUUCCCAUUGGCUCCCCUCCUAGCCUUGCUGAACAACAUCAUUGAGAUCCGACUGGAUGCCUACAAGUUUGUCACACAGUGGAGGCGCCCGAUGCCUGCUCGAGCUAUUGACAUUGGCAUUUGGCAUGGAGUGCUUGAGUGGAUUGGUGUGCUGGCAGUCAUCACCAAUGCCUUUGUCAUCGCCAUCACCUCUGACUAUAUUCCUCGCUUUGUCUACGCCUUCAAGUAUGGUCCCUGUGCGAACCGGACCAAUGGGAAUGAGGAAUGCCUGACAGGCUACAUGAACAGCAGCCUGUCUGUAUUUGACAUGGGGGAUGAGAGUCAGCCGAGGUACUGCAGGUAUCGAGACUACAGAGCACCUCCCUGGAGUCCAGAACCUUAUGAGUUCACUCUGCAGUUCUGGCAUGUUCUGGCUGCCAGACUGGCCUUCAUCAUUGUGUUUGAGCACCUGGUCUUUGGCAUCAAGUCUUUCAUCGCCUACCUGAUCCCAGACAUGCCCAAGGGCCUGUGCGAGCGUGUGCGGCGGGAAAAGUACCUUAUGCAGGAGAUGAUGUAUGAGGCCGAGCUGGAGCACCUGCAGAAGGAGAGGAAGAAGAAUGGCAAACGUUAUCACCAUGAGUGGCCUUAGCUUUGCUCAACCUCACCCUCCAAUCCAUCCAUGCACACACGCAGAACUCAGCAGGGAGUCACAGAGGAAACUGACCCGAUUUGGCAAGAUCUGUAUCAGAGAGAUGCAUUCAUCAUCUUACAUCCAGAUUUGAACCAGCCCCUGCCAAUGCCCACUUCCAAAUAUCGCACCUUGGGUCUCCAGUCCUCAGACCUUUCGGUCGGUGUUCAUUUCGAUUCCCAUGUCAAUGGCCUGCCUCAGCUUUUUACCACAGGGGGAAACCAUGUCUGUGCAAUUUCAAUGCUUCGAAGGAGUAUCUGUGCAAUUGUCAUGUUUACUAUGCAGAUGAAGGGCUGCAGGUCACCAGUGCUCUCUUCUCACCCAUGCUCAGCCUGCACUGUUGCAGCUUGUGCCCUGCAAUGGAAGAAAGGCCAGGCCCACCAGCCAAACUGCUAUUUAUGGAUACCAACAUGGACGCUGGCCAGUCACGCUGUGUUCUUGUUGCACGUAGUGAUUAUUUGUGCUGCCAAGUGGGCCCAGUAAAACAGCUACCAAAAAUAUCAGAGAACGCUUUAUGCAAAGUAACUGUAUAUUGCCCUAACAGCAUGCAGAAUUACAUCCUCAGUGUUUUCUUUUUGAUUUUGUAAAUGCAAAACAGACACAUAAACACACUGUAAAAGUGUGUAUAAAGAACUGUAUUGGUAAAUGGUCUUAUAGAAAAAGAAAAAAAAACAGAAAAAUGCUCUGACUAAUGCAUGCUGGUUUUUUCCCUAAGCACACCUUGUACAUUUGGUCACAGUGCCUGGUUUGAUGUGGAGUUUUCUGUGUGAGCAUUGUCUGUCUUUGAGAAGUGCCGUGUCACCACUUCGUCCUUUGAGAUCAGGAGCCACGGGUUGCAAAUUUGGUGCAGUUUGUCCUGUCGUGUGCGUGUAUAUGUUUGUGGUUUCUGCAGUAAGAUCAGAAAGUAACUACUCAUCUAUUCUAGCAGAGCAUUCUAAGGACAUUUCAAAUGACGGAGAAGCAUGAAGACGGUUUUGCCGUCUACUCAUCACCUCUACUCUUUGCCUUCAGCCUUUGAAUUUUCCUCUGUAACAGAAUAAAAAUUGUAUGUCUUGCCUUAGAAGAAUUUAAGGGUUAACAUUUGAAGCAAUGCAUGCCAAGAAACUGGUCUUAGACACAACAGCUGUGAAGGCACAGCCUUGCUAGCUUGUUUUUACUGCUUUCUUUUACCACACUUCAGCUUUGGUAGGAAUCAUCCUAUUUCAAUACUUUUGGCCUGAAUUUUCAAAGGGAAGGUUAUUUACUCUUCCUGUUAUCCUAUCCUUUCCUUUUCAAUUUUGUUAAAAAAUUUGGUUUGCACAAAUCUUCAAAUCAUGUUUUCCAAAUAAAUUAGGGGUCUCCACUUUCUUUGCGGAGAAAAAAGGUCAGAGCAGUAUCACAGUUCUUUUUGCAAUCUGAAACAAAAUAAUGAAGGUCAUACAAAUUACAACAAAGAUACUGCCUUAAUUUUGUUUUGUUUUUUGAUCACUUGUGUUUUUUUUUGUUUUUUGCUUCUCUCAUGUUAAAUGGAAUUGACUCCUCAGCAAGGAAAGGACAGUGUGCACUGUAAACUGCCGAAACUCAGUUUUUGGAUUUAGCUGCAUGACCUCAAGUGUCUUAGCAAACGCAAGCUAAAGAAUUAGCAUUAUCCGCUUGCUUCCAGGUGGAGUUUUUAUCAGUUGUUCUGUGUUCUUCCUGCGUAGAUAACUGAAAUUCAAAAUGCUUUUUUCAUUUUUAUGCCUAGAAGUAAAAUAGAUAUUAAUUUCAGUAGUUAAGCUAUUACUGUUAACUUUUUUUUAUGGAUAAGUGUGAAUAAGGUGAAAACAAAGAUAGAUAUCAUUUAUAGGUAACAUUAUGUUCCAUUUCUGUCACCAUAAUUUGUGGUAGGUUGAAAGGAUAAUAUUAAUGAAAUCUGCACUGCAUUUAUUGUUUUCUUUUACAAACAUAAAAAAUAACUAUAAUUGGACAUUUUCAGUGAAGCCCUAGGGCUUGCUUGACAAUGUGGGUACAACAGGAAUAUAGACAGGAGGGGCCAUACUAAUUUGGUGCAAAUGAUUCACCACUCAGCUGAACACUGUGGCAGUAGACCGGCUAAGUUGUACUCAAAUGACAAAAAUCCAGGAUACAGUGAUAGAAACAAUUAUUUUAUUUGGCCUAGGAUGUGUCUGUGUCUGCACACAAUGUGUGUUCUGUUCAGACUCCUGAUUAACAUUGAACAUUUUCCUCUGACUUUUAAUGAAGAUAAAAAAAAUUAAUUUGAUGUUGUAAUGAUUUUCUAUUAUGUCAGCUAUUGCUUUUUGCAUUUAUUUGCAGUAUUUCUUUUACUUAACAUUUGUAUUGUAUGCACUAAGAUUUGAAUCUAAUUUGACUGGCGUGUCACAUAAGAGGUAUUAUGGCUGGCAUUAAGGCAAUGCAAGUGACUAAUUUGUUUCCCUUUUGUUGGAAUGAGAUAUUUUUAUGUUUUCUUAGAAGUUACAUUUAUAUUCCUGCUAUGCAUACAUACACAUGUUUGAGUGAAAUUUGUGUGUAUGCAUAUAUGUGUAAGUAUGUGUAAAUAUACACACACACACACACACACACACACACAUACACACUCACCCACCCACACAUGGACAUGAAUGUUGAACCUUGUAGCUUUUCACCACAUGAUAAAUGUGAAAAAAGUAAUGCCACAGCUUUUCUCAGGUGUAAUUUGAAUUUUUACCAGUGUAUUCUGUUAGUUUUUUUUUCUUAGCACAGGCAUCCUGCUUUUUAGGAUGUUUUUACUUCUUUAACAAUUAACAUUUGCAUGGGGAUGAUUUAUUGUUAAUUUAAAUACAAAAAUGAGCACUUUAAAGUUUUUCUUCCCUAAAAAAUAUGAACUUCCUUCCCUGAGGAAAACGGGAUUUGAAAUCAGGCAACACCUGAGAUAUAUUCAGAGAAGAUAUAUAAAUGAAUAAAGCAAGUACUUAUCACUUAAAAUGUGGAUUUUUAUGUGUACCUGAUGUAUUGUGAAAAAAAAAAUAUAUAUAUAUGGUCACAUAUUUUAUUAUGCAGAAAAUUCUGAAAAUGCAAUAGAUUAAUUACCUCCUUUGUCUAAUGCAGGAAUGGCCAAGCUUGGACCAGUAGAGCCACAAUUUUACACAUAUUCACAAUUCUCAGUUUCUGUAUCUUCUCAAAUUGCCAUUUUGGCGUCGUAAAUAAUGGAUUCAGUUAACACUUGAGUACAUAACCAAGGAGACACUUGAGGCUUCUCUGGACAAGGUUGGCUAAAAUAUAUUUUUUGUUUGUUUAGGCUUCUUCAAGGUUAACCACAGUAAAAAAAAAUUGGAUUACAGUUAAUGUGCAAAUAAUUCUAGGACAUUGUGUUUUGAGAAUACUGGCAUAUACCCUCCCUUUGUCGCUUUUCCAUUGACAUCUCUAGACAUGCCUGCAAUGAACUGCAAUGAAAAGGGGAGUAAAUGCAUAAAUGAGUGUCCAGUAAUACAUGUUGAAUGUGCAUGGCUUAUCCCUGCUCAAGACAGCACUUAACUCAUAUAAAUAUAUUUGUUUUGUUGUGUAGAUAAUCAUUUAGUAAUAUUAAAUAAAGUUUUACCAUUUUUGAACAUACAGGCUGCAUGCCAGUUUAACAACUGGACGAUUGAAUUUUGGCCUGGUUUUAAUUUGUCGUUCAUGAGGUUAUUCUUUCAUCAGGAUUAUUUGAAGAUAUUUAAUGGUUGGGUGUUUCCAAUCAUAUCCUGAUAUGAUACUGCAGUCUUGUUUUGCAUAUGAGUUGAAUUGAAUUGAAAGGAGGCAUUUUGAGAAAAUGUUUUAAAUUAAACUUAAGCAAUAUGUUGCUUUCACAGUAUUUCUUUUCAAAGUCAUUGAAAGUAAAAACCAAUAAUGUUGUGAAAGUGAUUUAUUGCUUAAAUUUGUGACUCGGAUUAAACAAUGUCUUCACAUUAAGAUUAAAUCAAGCCACUGUUCUCAGUUUAUUGUUAAUAAAAAAAAUCUUUAUUUGAGAGAAUAAAGCAAGGAGAGGUAAACUAUGCAGACAUUUUGAAUACACAUGGGCUCCUUCUUGAAAUGAGCUAUGAUAAUGAAUCAAACCAUUAAAUACUCUCUAUUAAUUAGCAAUUAAAGUAUUACAUUUUAAACAGGGCUGGGGCCAAUGUAGUUAAUUCACAAUAUGAAUUGAAAUUCAACAUAUUACUUGAAAAAUCCAUUGAACUUCAUAGGCAUUUUUUAGUUCAUGAACAGAAAUUCAACUCAUUUUGUGAAUUCAAUGAUUUGAAAAUGGAAUUGACCCCAAUCCUCAUUUCCAAAGACUUCCAUUUCAUCCUUCAUCAUCAGAAUGUGACUGGAGAAAGUUUAAAUUAAUAAGAAAAUAUAUAUUACCCUAUACGAGAAAUGCCUUUGAACAGAUACUGCAGAAAUGUACAAGGAUUUAUUUAAAGGCAUACUAUGCAGGAUUUUUGCCUUCAAAAUAAAAUAAAAUGACCACGUUCACUCAUAUCUAUGAAGCACUGGCAAUCUGUUUUUGCACACAUUUGCCAAAUCCAUGAUUCUCUGCUUGUAUUUCUUUUUUUAAGAUGUGUUCGGGAUGUUUAUGAGUGUGAGGAGGUUUGUGUGGUUACAGAGCCUGUGGGAUGGGGCCAGGUUUCAGCAUUUGUAGCUAGCUAGGUGCUGCAGUAUCUGAGGAAAUGAAGCACAAGUACAGCAAAGCGAAGCGACAAGCUGACAGGGCUCAUUAAAAACCUAGUCAACCUUGGAAUUGCUUUUCAUUGAUGGCGACAAUUAUUAAAAAAUGGAGAUAUAAAAAUGAAAACAGAUGUAAAAUGGAGGGUAGUCAGAGGGGUUGAGGACAGAGGAGGAGACGUUUUUGAUUGUAACUGCAGGUCCACGGCAAGGAUAAAAAUCCUGCACAGUAUGCUCUUAAUUGUAAAUUAUAGAACAGCAACUUGGAAAACCUCUACCUAAAAAGAUCCAAAUACAGUGUGGGACAGCCAACACUCCAGUAAUUUCAAAUUAUGAGUAGCCCCAACUUUUGUACACCCUUUCUGCUCCUGUCUGAAUAUCUCAAAUGUAUUACCAGGUCCUAUUUUUAGAAGCAUCACAAAAAAUAUGGUUUGAAAUUUGCAGAUUUCAAGAUAUAAUAUGCAAUAAUUGCAAGAUAUUUCUUGUUCAUCUCCAAAUCAAAAAUGAGACUGAAAGUAAUUAACUGGAGCAGGAUGUCCUCUCAUUGUAAGGAUUAUUAUCUUUUUUUAAUGCCCUUCUCAGCUGGAGAGAUUGAAUCAAUCAGGAUAGUUGUGCUAGAGCAACUGCUUAGAGUUUUGAAGCGAAAGCACAUUAGAGUAGAAUUUUUACAAAUUGUUGGCGGCUGUGACUCUGAAUCAUAUCAAUAACAAGCAUUGUUUACUUCAUCCUUGUUUACAUGUAAAAAUAGCAUAUAAAUAUUUAUCAGAUGAUCUGUACCAUAAAUUAAAUGAUUUUGGAUAUCACCUUUUCUGUAAUAAAUCAACGAUUGUACCUUUU